AUGUGCACCGUGGCGGAUAGAACAAGCGGGAGACUAGACCAGACCCCGGCUUCAAACUCUGAAGCUGAUCGUGCGGGAUCCAAGGGCUCUUUCAUCACUUUGGAGAGAAGCAUCGGCUUUUGGAGUGCCACCGCCAUCACUAUCGGCGGUAUAAUUGGAUCUGGAAUUUUCAUCACGCCGUCACAAACCCUUCGGAGCUCGGGCUCUGUUGGCCUCGAUCUCUGCAUCUGGAUAUUCUGCGGUGUCUUAGCCCUCGUUGGUUCGCUAUGUUACGUGGAAAUUUCGAGCGUCGUGCCAGCUUCAGGCAGCGACUACACAUAUCUCGUUGUAGCAGCUCGGCACCUCGGUCCAGCAUGGGACAUUCUGCCGUUCAUUUGCGUGUGGUGUUUGCUCUUCAUCAGCGACUCGUUGGGCACGGCUGUCCUGUCCAAAACGUUCGUUAGAUACGUUCUAACCAUCAAGUACGGUCAAUGCGAGCCGGAUGAGAGCGUCUCCAAUGUUCUGUGCGUCCUCUUCAUCACUUUGACGAUGGCUCUCAAUCUAACGAACAUGAGAGUGGUGCUCCGGUUGGUGAACGUUCUGUCUUCCAUCAAAAUUCUCGUCCUUGCUGGCAUCAUUGGGAUUGGAGCGUACCACGCUAUAUUUUACGAGAAUCACCUCCGAGGAGCUACUUGGUUCGCUGGUUCAAAAACAUCUCCCAGAGAUCUGGUGUCAACUAUAUACGGAGCGUUGUGGGCCUACUCGGGGUGGAAAAACAUAACUUGCAUAACUGAGGAGGUGCAAAACCCGCGGCGGAACGUUCCGUUAUCGAUCAUCGUCGGAAUUCUGAGUGUCACAAUCGUCUACAUCUUGACGAAUAUAUCGUACUUCAUUGUAUUGAGCACCGACCAGAUCUUGAGCUCAGAUGCCGUCGCUGUGACGUUUGCGGACGAAGCAUUCCAUCAACCGUCGUUUACGAAAAUCGUACCUCUAAUCGUGGGGAUCAGCGUCUUCGGCUGCUUCAGUGGGCACUUCAUUCUGAACGGUCGCAUCUUCCUGAGUGCUGCGCGGGAGGGCCACAUGUGGGCUCCUCUCGCGCACGUCCACAUGGAGAGCUGCAUUCCUGUUCUGACGAUACUUCUACGUUCCGCACUCGGAAUCGUGUUUUUGUACCUGGGAACGAUUGAUCAGUUGAUCGAAUUACCAACCUUCCUCGAAUGCAUAUUCGAGUCUUUUACGAUUCUCGCUCUAAUUCUCUUCAGAUGGACUAUGCCGACCGCGAAGAGGACACUCAGAGUACCAUAUGUAUUCAUUCUACUCAAACUAGCCAUACUAGUCUAUAUAUUUCACGCUACAGUGAGCAGUAGCAAGAAUCAGGCGCAGUACGCGGCGCUCGCUGUUGUGCUGGUUGUCGUUUUCAGUCUCUACAUAAUUUUCAUUAAGCUCAAAUGUCAGAUACCGUUUGAGCAUGCUCUAGCUCUGACCCUCCAGAAGUUGCUUCUCUCAGUCCCUUGCGAUAACUCCAUAAUGGAGAAUCUCACCAAACGCGAAAAUUGA